UCACGAUACACGAAACGUUAUAUAAGAUUCGUUAAGCUGAUCAUUGGAGGGGGGAGCGGGGGAAUGGCGUCUUGGAGCUCCAGCUCUUUGAGCGCAAUCUAUCAAAUUCUUGGAUGGUUUGCGUUUGCAGUGUGGUCGAUCAGCUUCUACCCGCAAGCGCUGCUCAAUUACCGGCGAAAGAGCGUCGUGGGAUUGAACUUCGAUUUCCAGGUGCUCAAUUUCACCAAGCAUUCCUCGUAUCUCAUCUACAACGCCGCCGUCUUCUUCAGCCCUGUCGUCCAAAGGCAGUACCACGACAAGUAUGGUCGUGACGAGCUGAUUCCAGUUGCUGCAAACGACGUUGCGUUCUCGAUCCACGCCGUGCUCCUCGCAGGAUUCACAAUUGUGCAAAUUUUCCUGUACGAGAGAGGAGGACAAAGGGUGUCCGAGGCUGGAGUUUUGGUGUCCCUGGGAGCUUGGCUAGCCGGAUUGACCGGUCUCAUCGUCGCAUUUCCCAGCGGCCGCUGGCUAUGGCUCGUCCAAGUUUUCAACAUCAUACAAAUGGUGAUGGCAGUGAUCAAGUACAUCCCUCAGGCUUGGAUGAACUUCAGGAGGAAGAGCACCGUUGGCUGGAGCAUAGCAACCAUUCCCCUCGAUUUGUCGGGGGGAAUCGCCAACAUUCUCCAGAUGGCAGUGCAAUCCAUCGACCAACGCUCCACCAUGAACUUCUCCGGGAACGUUGGCAAACUGGGAAUCUCGCUGGAAUGCAUCGCUUUCGACAUUCUCUUCAUCUUUCAGCACUACUUCCUCUACUACAAAGCUGACAAGGUCGAUGAGCUUGAUGCCGCUUACUACUACGAAGUCCUGGAGAACGAUCCAGAGCAGGCCAAGACCGGCCAAGUCAAUGAUCAGAUAAAAAAACCGUGACACAGAACAUUUGUAUAUAUAUGACCAGUCGGUUUUUACAAAAAGAGGGAGCAACGAAACCACGAGAUUGGUGAUAGUCGCUCACACAUUUCGGUGCUCCUUUGCCACUUCCUCAUCUGAUAGAGGGUCGUAGCUCUGAUCUUCCUGGAGCCGCUUCCGCUGGCUUGCCUUGCUGAAGAAGACGAGACACAGAAUUAAUCACUAAACUUCUCAGGAACCUGUC